AUGAGCGAGCAGCCUCCUCCUUUGAAGAAGGUUCGAGGAAAGGAGCCGACCGGCAAGACCGCCAUUGACGAUGACUCUUCUGAAGACGAAGAAAAUGCAGAAGAUACCUCAGCAGAGGAAUCCGAUGAAGAUGACUCCGAGGACGAGGAGGAUACUGCGAAGAAGCCCAAAGGGAAGAAAGGCGUGACCAUUGCCUUCCCUUGUGGACGUGGCAGUGGACGAGGCGGUGGUCGUGGCCGUGGUCGUGGCCGUGGUCGUGGCAGUGGCCGUGGUACCGGUCGUGGUAAUGGCCGUGGCAAGAAGAAUGGUAAUUCAAAAGCCAAAGCCAAUCAAGACGACAUCAAAGCUGAAGGAGAAGCAAAAAAGAGGGAUGCAAAAUAUGACAAGCUCGAUGACUACUGUCUUUCCCGUGCCGUUGCGAAUGUGACAUGCAAUCUCAAGAAGGGAGCCAAGGAAAAGGGCAAAGUACUGGCAGAACAUCGCCGACAAAUUCGAAAAUAUGUUGGAGGUGCCCAUGUUGGCUUUGCGAAAUUCCUCAAAGACAUGGGUCGAAUUGACGAGGCCAACAAUGUGAUGAAUAGAGCUAUGAAUGCCCAGAUGAAACCCUAUUCUGAGUACGAAAAUCUUGGGAAACUCGAUCAAGCUGAGGCAAAGGCUGAUGAUGAAGGAGCUGCAGACGAAGACGAUGUCGAUACUUUGCCUCCCUUGGGCGGUUCUGGUUCCGACACCAAUGGUACCGAUACCGUUACUGGUACCGAUGUUUAG